GUCAGACCACAGCCUGAGAAACAGACGGAGACAAUGAAGGGGCAGGGGGGCUAAGAGAAGCUCAAGAUGCGCCCUGGAGAAUGAACGCUCGGAAGGAGGCUGGCCCCCUCUCCUCCAUCACUCCUUCCCUUUCUUUAACUCCGAGAGCCUGGGCCGAACCAAGGUCAUGUGGCUGCCAGAGCGCCCUGUCCUCACUCUGCUCCUGCUACUACUGCUGCCCUUCCCAGUCCGAGCCCGAGUCCUGGAGCCCUCGGCCCAGGAUGUCAGUCUGAGCGUGGACUGGCUCACUCGCUAUGGCUACCUGCCCCCGCCGCACCCUGCUCAGGCCCAGCUGCAGAGUCCAGAACAGCUCCGGGAUGCAAUCAAAGUCAUGCAGAGGUUUGCUGGGUUGAAGGAGACCGGCCUCAUGGAUAAGGCCACCUUGGCCACCAUGAAGAAGCCAAGAUGUUCUCUUCCUGAUGUUCUGGGAGUGGCUGGGUUAGUGAGAAGGAGGCGGUAUGCCCUCACAGGCAGCUUCUGGAAGAAGAAGCAGCUGUUCUGGAGGGUUCGCUCCUUCCCACAAGGCUCUGCCCUCAGCCAGGACACCGUUCGGAGCCUGAUGCACUAUGCCCUGACUGCAUGGGGAACUGAGGUGGGGAUGACAUUCCAGGAAGCUGACUCCAGGGUAGGAAUGGAGCCGGAGCUCCUCAUCGACUUCGCUCGGGCCUAUCACAAGGACAGCUACCCCUUUGAUGGACCUGGGGGCACGUUGGCCCAUGCCUUCUUCCCUGGGGACCACCCUAUCUCUGGGGAUGCCCACUUCGAUGAUGAGGAAGUCUGGACCUUUGGGGCAAGCGAUGGCGGUGGGACAGACCUGUUUGCUGUGGCUGUCCAUGAGUUUGGCCAUGCUUUGGGCCUGGCCCACUCUUCAGCCCCUGACUCUAUCAUGCGGCCUUUCUACCAGGGCCCAGCUGGGGACCCCUCAAAGUACCGGCUUCCGUCUGAUGACCGAGAAGGGAUCCAGCAGCUUUAUGGAAAGGGUCCAAAUAGUCCCCACCCAGAGCCAACUCGGAAACCUCUGGUUCCUCCACCCCAACCCCCUGAGCAGCCUCCAGACAGCCCCUCAGCCCCAGUUCCGGAUCGAUGUUCUGGUAACUUUGAUGCCAUCGCCAACAUCCGUGGUGAGGUCUUCUUCUUUAAAGGACCCUGGUUCUGGCGCCUUCAGCCCUCAGGCCAGCUGGUGUCUCCUCGACCUGCGAAGCUGCACCGAUUCUGGGAGGGGCUGCCCGAACACGUGGUGACUGUAGAUGCAGCCUAUUCUCGGCCCUCAGAUGGACGCAUCCUGCUUUUCAGCGGACACAAGUUCUGGGUGUUUCAGGACCGGCAGCUGGAGGCUGGUUCCCCAAAAUCUCUGACUGAACUGGGGCUUCCCCCUGGGAAGGUUGUGGAUGCUGUCUUCUCUUGGCCCCAGAAUGGGAAGACAUACCUGAUUCGAGGCGAACAAUAUUGGCGUUUUGAUGAGACCGUCCACAGCGUUGACCCAGGCUACCCCAAGAGUUUGACUCUGUGGGAGGGAGCACCUUCCGCACCCGAUGAUGUGACUAUUGGCAACAAAGGUCAUACCUACUUCUUCAAGGGCACAGAGUACUGGCGAUUCGCUCCAGGCAGUGUGGUGGCAGAGCCUGGCUCCCCCCACCCCAUGGGGCCUGAGUGGUUGGACUGCCCUCCUUCUGCCCCAGCUCCUCGGGCCCCAAGACCUUCCAAGCUUCCCCCUGACUGUCAGUGUGAGAUCAGCCAGGCAGGGAGUUCAGGCCCAAGACUUCCAGGCUGCCUCUUCCUCUUCUCUGUGAUUCUCACCCUCUUCCUGGGCACAACCACCUGGCCCUAAGAACUAGGGCCGGUAGCUGCAUCCCCCACUUUCCCCUCCUCCUCCCUCUUUCCCUGGGGAUAAGUCCUGUGUCUGUCCCUCUCUUUUACGUGCGCCCCCCCCCCCCCACCACACACACAGUGGGAAGGUUCUGCAAUUCACUAGGUAAAUCACGUCCCCUUUUGGGAUCUCACUUUCUCCAUUUGAAAAAAAAAAAGAAAAAAGGAAGGAACUGGAUUUAAUAGCUUCUAAGGCCCCUUCUAGUUCUACAUCCAGGAUCCCAUGAAUAAGUGAGCUCUGGUGUUUUCCGACUCUCACUAGUGCCUAUGAGCUCAAUUCUCCACCUCCCGCCCCUAUCUUCUCUUAGCCCUUGCUUGCACAUUCUGUGAUUCUGGGCAAAGGGAAUUGAAUUGAUCCAUAGGGUCCCCACUCUUUUUUUUUUUUUUUUGGUGAGAUAAUUGGGGUUAAGUGACUUGCCCAGGGUCACACAGCUAGUAAGUAUCAAGCGUCUGAGAUCGGAUUUGAACUCAGGAUCUCCUGACUUCAGGGGCGGUGUUCUAUCCACUGUGCCACCUUGCUGCCCCCAUUCCCGCUCUUUCUCUCCACAGCCUGUAGGGAUCUCAGAGGGUCUUAGAGGCUGCCACUCCCAGGAAGAGCAGGCAGACUCCUGGUCUGUCGCUGGGCAGUUCCCCAGGGUUUAGGGAUAUUGAAUAGAGGCUAUGCAGGGAAAGCUUGCUCCUCUCCCAGGCUUUAGUCCCUGUACUUCUUGGCUCAGAGAGAGGCCUGGGUUUUGCAGAGCUCCCAGCUACAAGACUGAAAGGCAGGGCUAUCAGGCCUCCUCCGUGGAGGAGUGAGGCCUGGCUAUGAAUCUUUGAAGCCUGAAGGGACGGUUUUCUCCCCACCGCCUGUAGCUCCCUACCCCUCAGCAGUGCUUCCAAAUGUUCCAAAUCCCAGUAGCUAAUCCAGCAAGAUACCCUGGCCUCUACCUGGUUUCUUGAGGCCUUUAGGGAACAGUGAAGAGCCAGGGAGACUCCCCUCAAACUGAGCUCCCCCACCUCAGCAUUGCUGAUUGUCUUCAAGCUUCCUUGGCCUCCUCUCCAGUUCCCCUUCUCUCUCUAAACCAAGGAUUCUUAACCUGGGGCCCACAGAUUCCCCCCCCCCCCACCUCACGGGCCCCCAAUGGGUUCUGAAGAUGGAUUUUGGGGGUUCUGUGAACUUGG